UAAGCUUCUGAGGAAACCCAGAAUCCACUGAAACAAAGUUUAAAACCACAGCUUUCACACAGCAUUGGUCUGAGCUAAAUUUGUGGUGAAUUCCACUUACAGACACAUGUUGUCUUUAAUUAGUUGAAUGCCUCUUCUCCUCAUCAAGGGGAACCACCAAGAAAGGCAGAGCCCUGUCAUUGCUAGUGUUCAUUUGAUUUAGAGACUACAUUUUCAGGUGGCUGACAUGCCCUGCCCCUUUUUCUCUUGGGCAGGGCAUGCUGAUGUAUUUGAAAAUAAAGCCUAUACUGUUUUCUUUUUCAGGAUCCACGAGGCAGCUGCUCAGGGCCAUCAGCUAUACUAGUUUCACUUUCCUCGUGGUACAAGUGGCUUUUCAAAUUGCUUUUCACUACCUGCCACCUAAUGGUAACAUCAGUACGGUAUUCAAUUGCAGCAAUUUAUUCCAGAACUUGUAAAUUCUCUCUCUCUCUCUCUCUCUCUCUCUGUGCCAUUAUAUACAACAGAGGGGCGUAUAAUAGUAUAUUGAAAUAGGUGGUUAUAUACACCAUAGGAGGGACCUUUUAGAUAUUAAUAUUGGUUGACAUCCAAGCGAAUGCUGGCCUGGUGCUAUCGGGGAGAGGUACUGUGUGACCCUCAGGAACAUAUUUUUGGAGGGCAUUGUGGGCUUCAGAGGGAAGGGUGAACAUUGUUCCUUCUCCUGCUCACAUGACCAUAUAGCAAUGGUUUGGGACUCAGCAUUCUGUACCCCCGCAUUAUUAGUCUGGAUAACAGCCUUUAUUUGCAUCGAUUUCCUUUCCAAUGUCAGCAUUCUAGAUCUUCCAUAUACAGGAUUCCCAACUUUGGAUUUCAAAAAUUCUGAUUCUGGGGUUAGAGAGCGGCCAGCAGAUUACAAAAGGAUGAUUUUUUUUUUUUUUAAGCAAGAAAUAAAACACUAGGGCAGGUGACAUGAUCAGUACUUAGCUAGGAGGCACGUCCCAUUUUGUGAUAGUGAGUAAAACAAGGUAAGAGGCACGGAGCUUGAUUGUGAGCAUCCCCCUACCCAGCUUCCAUCCCUAAAUUCGGAACAAGGGAGGAGGAAAGCCCAUCCUACCCAACUGGGGCUUAGCAAAUUAUUUAGAGAUGUUGGGGUCUGGCAAAUAACUUCUGUGUUCCUUUUCAUUAGAUUUCUUAUGGGAAGAAGUGCUGUGCCAUUUUGGUUUCCUAAGAUUGAGCAAUCUUGAUGUUGGAAAUAUUAUUCGUCAUUUGGCUCCCGACACUGGAAUCUUUCUUACUGCCUUUGCAGUCAAAUGGCUUUGCAAAAAGAUGGUGAAAUUUCACAAACAGGAAAGUCAGUUUCACUCCAGGAACCAAGAUCUGCUAUGUUGUGAAGAGGAAGCGAAAGAAGAGGAGGAGGAAGAGGAGGAAUCUGAAGCUGAAGAUGCUGACAAUAAAGAAGCAUAUGGUUCACUUGAGAAGGAUCCUUUUAGAGGAGACCAUGAUGAUGCCAGCCAACCAGGCUUCCUUCUGAAAUUCACUCUGCUCCUAGCAGGCUUGAAGAUCCUCUGCGAAGGUUUGCUCAGUUCUGCUGGCAAGGUGGUGAUCGUACUUCUGUUAGGCUUAGCAGGUAUAAUCCUUCCUUCUGUGACCUCUGCAGUUUAUUUCUUCAGCUUCCUGGGCUUGUGUUCCUGGUGGUCUUGCCACUGCCCCAUCAGCUCAGUCACCUUCAAUAGCUUGUGUGUGAUGAUUGCAUUAUUUGGUGCCGGGCACAUAACUUCCCUUUACCUGUACCAGCUGCCAUACUUUCAGGACCUCAUUCCUCCAGAAGACAUUUAUGCCAGGCUCUUGGGCAUGGUUCCACUUAUUAAAACAAACAUCACCGUUCCCUGGAAACUUCAAGUUCACCCUCAACUAAACUGGCCUAUGGCUCUGAAUCCUCUAGUGCUUCUUGCUCUCUACUAUACACUCGUUAUGAUGCUCCAGCAGUGGGGGCUGCCUACGAAGGAAAGCAAGGAAGAGACUGUCCAUCUACAGUCUGGAGAGUACAGUGAAGUGAAGGUGGAUACUGAACUAUGGAUGACCAUGACAGAAAAUGGCAAGGUGGCUUGUGUUUCAAGAGGCAGCUUUCAGGACAUCCCCCUUUUGCAAUAUCAAAGUAGCAGUUGCUAUGAUAUGGAUGUUUACAUCAAUGAAGAACACCACCUUUCAUCAGAGGAUAUAACAUACCAUGAAACUAUAACAGAAAUGGAUGAAGAAACUUACGUUGAAGGAAAUAGGUCUAGCAUUUUGUCAGCACUGGCACUAUUCUUUCUGAAUCAGAGCUACAUCACAGCAUUGAUUGUCAUGAUGGUCUGGAGCAUCACUCAUGUCAGCUGGCUGACUUUUGUCCUGUUGAUUUGGUCUUGUAUCAUCUGGAUGGUGCGCAGCCGCCGUCUUUAUGCUUUGUGGAGCUCACCCUUCCUUGUUGCCUAUGGAAAUGUCCUGGUGAUCCUAAAUUUUCUUGUAGGACUGAAAGUUUCCCAGGAGGAACUGUUCCCUGAAGUUCCAACCUCUUUGCUCAUUGACUUGGAUUUAAAGCCUUAUUCACAGCCUUGUGUCCACCUGGGAACCAAGAUCCUUUAUCUGUUUACUUUCUGGGUCUUGCUGAAGCAGCAUAUGAUAGAGAGGCAAAACCAGAGGAAAGAGGAAGAAGAAUCACUCAAGGAAGUGACAGUAGAUGAGACUGAAACUGACACACGACACAAUCCACUUUUGGAUAUCCUGGGUUCUGUGCUUAAGGGAAUGCUAGUAAAAUACUGGAUAUACUUCUGUGCUGUCAUGUUCUUUAUUGUCAGCUUCAAUGGCAAAGUGGUUCUGUACAAAAUCCUCUACAUUGUGCUUUUCCUGCUUUGUGUGGCUUUGUACCAGGGACAUUAUGAGAUGUGGAGACGGAUCCUGAAGGGAUUUUGGCUCACUGUGGUCUCUUACUCCAUGGUGGUCCUUAUUGCCAUCUAUGCCUACCAGUUUGAAAUGAUUUCUGCACUUCUCCUAGAAAACUUGGAAAUAUCAGAAGAGAGGUUAAAAGACCUGGGUCUUGAACGAUACAGUACUAUGGAACUAUUCACACGGAUUUUGCUUCCUGAGACCUUUCUGCUGGCUUGCGUCCUUCAGCAACAUUACUUUCAUAAAGAUUUCCUGAAGAUCACAGAUCUGACUACUAUUUCUAUCAGGCCUGCUUCGUCAUCUGGCAGUGACAAGAAAACUGAGACUAGAGUGUUCAUCCUGGCUAAUAUGCUUAAAGAAAAUAUCUUGAAACUGCAAAAAAGGCACAAGGCAAGCACCUGCAGUGAGCCAGCCAGCACAUGCUUCCCUUGCUUGCCACCGUGUACACCCCGUCCCCUGCCGACCAACAGAGAACUAGCAGCAGACCAGUUCAGUCCAGAGAACAGCAACAGGCUGGCCACUGAAAAGCUACAAGAUGUUGUGCAAAGUGGACUGGACCAGUCUGAGAAAAUAGCAGCAUGUGAAACCACAGAAAAGAGUCGUCAUGAUAAACUGGUGGAGAAGAUGAAUGAAUGGACAAAUGUGGUUGAUACGUUGGAGUUCCUUUUUUUGAAGCUCUUGGCAAUGGUUCGGGCAACACAGGUGUUCAUAUGGAGAUUUCUGGAGCUGCACAUCCUUAAGAUUAUUUCCACCUGGAUAAUCUGGAUCACUAUUCAGGAGGUGUCUUUGAUGAACUAUCUCUUCUUCGUCCUUUGGGUAUUUGCUCUUCCAUAUUCCAAGCUCCGCCCACAUGCCUCAAGAAUCUGUACAUUCUGGUCCUGUUUGAUGGUCGUCUGUAAAAUGAUAUACCAGCUGAAGUUUGUCAAGCCCUCCAAGUAUUCCUCAAACUGCACACAGGGGCUGCAGCGAAAUUUGACCUAUCACUAUGCUGACGACGUUGAUGAGUUACUGGAGAAAUCUUUGUUGUAUGUUGCUCCUGUUGACCCAGCGCACUGGUUUGGGGGGCUGCUGAAAUGUCAUGAGAACGCUCUCCCUUGCCUAAAGAAUCACCUCACCAUCUUGGUUUUAAUGGCACUAGAAGCAACUGUGUACCGCCAUCAACUUUUCUACCGGAUUCAGAACCAGCUAGUGCCACCUGCCACAGAAAGUAUUUUUCACAACAUCACCCGGGAGAACCUGGAUGAUGGGCUACUCAGCUGCAUCAAAUAUUUUAUCAACUACAGUUUUUACAAAUUUGGAUUAGAGAUGUGCUUAGUGGGUGCCGUUAAUGUGAUUAGACUGCGCAUGGACUUCUAUGCUGUCAUACAUGCCAGCUGGCUGAUGUACCUGUUGAGCUGCCGUCGAAGGAGAGCAAUUGCUGAAGUCUGGCCCAAAUAUUGUUGUUUCCUUGCCAGCAUUGCGGCCUUUCAGUAUCUGCUUUGCAUUGGUCUCCCAUCUGCUUUAUGCCAAGAUUAUCCAUGGAGAACCUCUCGUUGGCUGCUCCAUUCAAAUCUGAUUAAGUGGCUCUAUCUACCUGAUUUUGUAAAGAGGCCUGAUGCGACUUUUCUGCUGUAUGACUUCCUCCUCCUCCUCUUUGCCUCCUUCCAAUGGCAGGUGUUUGAAGAUGAACAUAAACCUGUUGUGAGGCUGCAGGCUGGAGAUAAUGUCGAGAUCAGCCGGGGCCUUGACCCAGCUGGCCUCAGUGACUACAGUCCAGUUCCAAACUUCGUCCACUGCAGGUCGUAUCUGGAUUUGGUGAAAGUGGUUAUGUUCAGAUACCAUUUCUGGUUUGUCCUUUGCUUGAUUUUUGUGACUGGGACAUCCCAGAUCAAUAUCUUCUGCAUGGGCUACCUGGUGGCCUGUUUCUACUUCAUGCUCUUUGGUAGCAGCCUUCAGCUGAAGCCAGUCAAAGACAUACUCAGACUGUGGGACUAUCUGAUCGCAUACACAGCUUUGGUGAUAGCAAUGAAGAACCUCCUUGCUAUUGGAGCAUGUGCCUACCUUCAUAAAUUACAAAGAAACCACUGUUGGCUCAUUCAGACUUUUGGCAUGUUCUGCACCAUUCCGGGAUAUGAUCUCGAGCCACCUGGGGAUGAGACCUGUGAAUUGCCUGAGAAUGAACUAGGAAUCACUUGGGAUGCGAUAUGUUUCACUUUCCUGCUGAUCCAGCGUAGAGUUUUUACAAGCUACUACUACUUGUAUAUUGUAGCAGAUCUCAAGGCUGCCAACAUCGUAGCCUCCAGAGGAGCGGAACUGUCUGAAGCAAAGCUGAAGAAAAUGGUGGCUCUCCGGAUGGAAGAAGAUGAAAAAUCAGUGCAAGCCAUGAGGAGACAGACGGACUGGAUCAGGCCAAAGCAGAAAAAGUCUCACAGUCUGGAGAAGAGAAUACUUGGCUCAGGAGCAGAAGCGAUGCAAAAGUCUGAAAAAGAGCAAGAGGAUGAUGCUAACAGGAAAGCGAUGGAAGGCAAGAAGACGACAUGGUGGGAACCAUGGGCGACUCACACCUCAGUGAUUCGAGGUGGAAGCUACUACCUCUUUGAGACGGAUAGUGAGGAAGAGGAGGAACAAGGACAUAUUGAAAAGAGUGAGGAAGAAUCCCACAAGAGGAAAACAGCAUUCCAGCUUGCCUAUGAAGCCUGGAUGAACAGCUCAAGGUCAGCUCUAAGGAUGAGGGAGCUAGAUGAAACUCGGGACCAAAGGGAGGAGGAGGAGCAACGAUGCCAAUUGGCAGCCAGUGGAAGAACAGAGUCCUCUGAAGAAAGUUUAGAGAUACCAGUCACUGAAAAGGACUUGGGGGAGCAAGAAAAUAUCGUGCAGCGAGUCACCAACAUUGUCAGGUUUGCUUGGGUCUUUAUUCAAGCAUUGUUUGAUGACGCCACACAAGCACUGCAGUCCCUGUGUAAAGAUAACCUGGACAUCGCUGACGUGCUGCGGAUUGAAAAAUGCAUACUCUGGCAAGAGAUUAAGAAGGGAAGAGAGGCCUCAGCAGACACUGUCCUUCAGUAUUAUAACCUCAAGAAAAGUCAUCUAGAAUAUGGAGAAAGCAAAAUAGAGAUGGCGGAGAUGGAAGAAAGCAGAGAUGAGUUGCCUAAAUACCCACACAGGGAGAACAUUCAGCCAUCACCUGCACAUCUCAGAUGCAGGAGACCUAGCAAAACUGCCGAGGGCGCGGCUGGAAUUGAGAAGGUGGAGGAAGGGAGCCCUGAAGAGUCCUGUCCCAAUGUAUCCACACCAGCUUCUUCCUUUGCCAGUCUGGGCAGUUCGUUAGAAAUUGAAGAACCUGCUCCUUCCCUAUAUGCUGGAAGUAAAGAAGUAGGGAGGCCAUUGCACAAGGUUCCUGCUAUGAUGACAGCUAGUGAACUGCUUUUGAACAGGACAUGUCAUGACAAUGAGUUGGAGCAGUCAGACAAAUUCUACCAGAGCCUUCCUCGCCCCAUGAAGCUGGGAGUUGCUUUCUACAACACCAUGGUGUCAAAAUCAGAGAUGCUGUGUUAUUUUGUGAUCAUUCUAAACCACAUGGUCUCUGCUUCCAUCCUCACUUUGGUCCUGCCUAUCCUGAUAUUUCUGUGGGCCAUGUUAUCUAUACCAAGGCCUACAAAAUUCUUUUGGAUGACUGCUAUCAUGUACACUGAGAUAACAAUUGUGGUCAAAUACUUUUCUCAGUUUGGAUUCUUUCCAUGGACCACUAAGUUAUAUUGUGGUAUCAAUGCUGAAGACCCGUUUGUUUUGCCAAAUAUUGCUGGGAUUGAGAAGAAGGAGGGCUUUGUACACUAUGAUUUGGUGCAGCUGCUGGCCUUGUUCUUCCACAGGUAUAUCUUGAAGAGCUAUGGGCUUUGGGACUCUCAAUGUGUCCGUUCAUCAGACUCUAAGGGAAAGAGAAUAACAAGGAGACAAAAGAGAGAGCACAGAGGCCAUCUGGAAGAUUGUCAGCCUGGAACAGGGUGCCCCUGCAGACCUCAAAGUUCCUUGAGGAACACCUUCAAAGGAAGUGACGUGAAUGUUGAUGAAGUCAAAUCUCCGGAAGAGGCCAAGAAGAAAUGGAGUCUUUUCAGAACAAGCUCCACUGGCAGGAAGAGACUUACCAAAGAAAUGAUAUAUCAGCUGAUACUGAAGGCGAAGAAGCUGUUGAUUAAAAUCGCCCUUCGGAUCUACCAGCCUAUCAAGCAAUUUUUCUAUGACAUUAUUCAUCCAGAGUACAGCCCAAUCUGUGAUGUUUAUGCCCUCAUGUUCCUAGUUGAUGUGAUUAAUUUUAUUAUUGUUAUCUUUGGCUACUGGGCUUUUGGUAAACACUCAGCUGCUGCUGACAUAACGGAAUCCCUCUCAGAAGACCAGGUCCCUGAAGCUUUCCUUGUUAUGCUGUUGAUGCAGUUUGGCACAAUGAUAAUUGAUCGGGCCAUCUACCUGAGAAAGAACAUGUUUGGGAAGUGUGUUUUUCAGGUGGUGCUUGUCUUUGGCAUCCACUUUUGGAUGUUCUUUAUAUUGCCUGGAGUAACAGAAAGGAGAUUUAAUCGGAAUCCAGUGGCUCAGCUGUGGUACUUGGUCAAGUGUGUCUAUUUUGGCUUGUCAGCAUAUCAGAUAAAAUGCGGUUACCCUAAACGGGUCUUGGGCAACUUCCUGACCAAGAGAUACAAUUGCAUAAACCUCUUCUUAUUUCAAGGAUUCCGCCUGGUACCUUUCUUGACUGAGCUGAGGGCUGCCAUGGAUUGGGUUUGGACUGACACCACUCUCAGCCUGUCCAGCUGGAUUUGUGUGGAAGAUAUCUAUGCUAAUAUUUUCAUCAUGAAAUGCUGGCGAGAGUCGGACAAAAAAUACCCCCAGGCUCCUGGGCAAAAGAAGAAAUUGAUUGUGAAAUACGGCAUGGGAGGCUUCAUUGUGUUUGUGUUGAUCUUCAUUGUGUGGUUCCCACUGCUGCUUAUGUCUCUGGUUAAAUCAGUGGCCGGAGUAACCAACCAGCCUCUGGAUGUGUCUAUCAAAAUUACCAUCAGUGGUUAUGAGUCCUUAUUCACCAUGAGUGCUCAGCAGCAAAAUCUGGUCCCUUUCACUCUUGCAGAGUAUAAUGAUCUCAAUGCUCAAUAUGCCCUUCAUCCUUCUGCUAUGCAGUUUAUAGUGAACUACAGCCCAGAGGACAUUGUGGUUGCUAAAAUAAAAGGCAAUGCCAGUCUGCUAUGGAACAUCAGUCCUGCAAGUCGGAAAGCUAUGAUUGCUGAACUUGCCGACUCCUCUGCAAUCUACAUCAAUGUCCACUGGACUCUUCUCAGGAAUGCUUCUGUUGUGAAGAACAUUGAAGCAUCCGGCAUACACACUGUGCACUAUGAAGAGAAGGAAAUACGGGAACAAAUCGUUCAAAUGCUUUGUGGGACCAGGACAGAACCUGUUUUGCUUCCUGGUGUCCUACCAAGAUACCUGAGGGCUACUGGUGGAGCAGAAGCCAAAAUGGCACAUCGAAUGCAAGUGGCUCAUUCCAACCAGCCAAAGGACAUAGAUGAGAUGGCCUUCUUCAGAAAUAUAACCAUAAAGCUGCAGCAGCUGCCUGCCAAUGGAUCUUCAAGCCACGUUCUGGAAUGGUGGAUGGUGAAGGAGCAGAGGCCUGGCUGCCCGGGUCAUGAGUGCAGCAAGAACAUGGAACUCGUCAUCUAUAGUGACAAAGUCAGCCCUUCCAGCCUGGGAUUCUUGGCAGGUCAUGGCAUUGUUGGUCUCUACAUGUCUGUCGUUCUGGUCAUUGGAAAAUUCAUCCGAGAGAUGUUCAAUGGCAUUUCACGCUCCAUCAUGUUUGAAGAGCUGCCAAAUGUGGAUCGUGUCCUGAAACUCUGCACAGAUAUCUUCCUGGUAAGAGAGAUGGGAGAAUUGGAGCUGGAAGAACAGCUUUUUGCUAAGCUCAUGUUCCUGUACAGAUCUCCUGAAACCAUGAUUAAGUGGACCAGGGAAAACAAAGAACCAUAAAGUGAGAAGUGGGUGUGGUGAGUCAGUGCAGAAGGGAAAUGCUGAGGGGAAACUGCAGAAGUACCUGUAGAAGAGACUGUAAAUCAAAAGCUAAAUGAGGGCUAAGGCCAUUCCGUGUAACGUUAUGAACAAACAUGUUUAAUGCAUGAGCUUUUCAGUAUACUGUGAGGUGGUACUACAAACUGCGUGCACAAUUUCCUAUCUAAAUACACAAAACAAAGAAUGCA